AUGAAGGGCUACGCCAUUCUCUCGCUCGCGGCCGCCGCUGCCGCGGCGCCAAGUGCUUCGAUUGAAACCAUCCAUGGCGAGGCUGCGCCCAUUCUUUCCUCUGCCAACGCCGAGGUCAUCCCAAAUGCCUACAUUGUCAAGUUCAAGAAGCACGUAACUGAGGAGAAGGUGUCGGAUCACCACACUUGGAUCCAGGAGCUCCACACCACUCGUGAGAACGAGCGGAUAGACCUCAAGAAGCGUGGUCAGUUCCCUCUGGUUGACGAUGUCUUCCACGGCCUGAAGCACACCUACAAGGUCGGCUCCGAGUUCCUUGGUUAUGCUGGCCACUUCGAUGAGGAGACCAUCGAGAAGGUCCGGAGGCACCCUGAUGUCGAGUACAUCGAGCGUGACAGCAUUGUCCACACCAUGCGUGUGAUUGAGGAUGCCAAGUGCGACAGCGAGAUUGAGAAGGCCGCCCCUUGGGGUCUGGCUCGUAUCUCUCACCGUGAUACUCUGGGCUUCUCCACCUUCAACAAGUACUUGUACGCCGCUGAGGGUGGUGAGGGUGUUGAUGCCUACGUUAUUGACACUGGCACCAACGUCGACCACGUCGAUUUCGAUGGCCGUGCCAAGUGGGGCAAGACCAUCCCCUCUGGUGAUGCCGAUGUCGAUGGCAAUGGCCACGGCACCCACUGCUCCGGCACCAUCGCCGGCAAGAAGUAUGGUGUCGCCAAGAAGGCCAACGUCUAUGCCGUCAAGGUCCUUCGCUCUAACGGCUCCGGCACCAUGUCUGAUGUCGUCGCCGGUGUGGAGUGGGCUGCCAAGUCUCACAUCCAGGCCGUCAAGGAGGCCAAGGAUGGCAAGCGCAAGGGCUUCAAGGGCUCCGUCGCCAACAUGUCUCUUGGUGGUGGCAAGACCAAGACUCUCGAUGACACUGUGAACGCCGCCGUCUCUGUCGGCAUUCACUUCGCCGUCGCCGCCGGCAACGACAACGCUGAUGCCUGCAACUACUCGCCAGCUGCUGCUGCCAAGGCCGUCACGGUCGGUGCCUCUGGCAUUGAUGACAGCCGUGCCUACUUCUCCAACUACGGCAAGUGCACUGAUAUCUUCGCCCCCGGUCUCAGCAUUCUUUCCACCUGGAUCGGCAGCAAGUACGCCACCAACACCAUCUCCGGCACUUCCAUGGCCUCUCCCCAUAUCGCUGGUCUCUUGGCCUACUACCUUUCUCUCCAGCCCGCCACCGACUCUGAGUACUCUCUUGCUCCCAUCACCCCCGAGAAGCUCAAGGACAACCUUCUCAAGAUCGCCACUGAGGAUGCCCUCACCGACAUGCCCAAGGGCACCCCCAACCUCCUCGCCUGGAACGGUGCCGGCUGCAACAACUACACUGCCAUCGUCGAGGCUGGCGGCUACAAGGUCAAGAAGACCGAGGGCACCAAGGCUGACUUUGAUGUCUCCAAGCUUGAGGAGCUUAUCGAGAACGAGUACGAUGUCAUCUCGGGCCAGGUCGUGAAGGGUGUCUCUUCCCUCUCCGAGAAGGCCCGCAAGUUCUCCAAGAAGAUCCACGAGAUGGUGGAUGAGGAGCUCAAGGAGUUCCUUGAGGAGCUCGCUUAA